AUGUCACCUUAUCCACCGCCUAUUUAUCAAACCACCAACGCCACCAUCGCACCUUACCCAGGUGCAUCUCACUUGUUCUCCUCCGUUCACCCUUCUCCCCCUCAGCUUGCUGCUCUGCACCCGUCCUCUGCUGCACCACCUGAAAUUUCACCUGAAUGCUCAACUGCUCCACUUGAAAUCCCUCCUGCCCACCUCUCCUAUCCGCCUGCCUCACACCAUCCCCAACCCCCACACUUCCCCCCCGCUCCUACUCCCACACCUACCCCUGCCCUUUCAGGCCCUCCAUUUCCCACCGCACCCCACUCCUUCCAAUCCCAAUCCUCCCUGUCAGCACCCCCUCGCAUCCCUCCCCAGCCUGCUUCCGAUCCUUUCUUCUCCCCCUCUCCUUCCACCACUCCCCCAUCCUCCUCCUCCCCAAUAUUUCUAGCCACCGACCCUCAGCAAAAACACACACCUGCCUCCCACUCAUCGGCUCGUGUACUCGACUUCAGUGAUCCCUCCCCCUCCCCUGCUCAUUCCUCUGCUGUAUUUGAGAAUGAAACUCGUGGCUCUGCUGCUACCAAAGACUCUGGCAUUUCCCCUGCAGCUGCAUCUGCCUCUGCUCCUGCUCCUGCUCCUGGUGCACAGACCUGGAGCCAGGUAACCCCUGAAAAUGGUCAUCAUCAGUUGGGGCAUUUCGGUAUAUUAUCCCCUUCGGCUUCUUCCAGCCCACUGGAUUUCUCCCUCUCAGUCAAACCCGAUUCCUCUCCUGCUGCCCCGGCAGCACUGGAACAAGCUCCUUCCUUCCCUGUUCAACCCAAAUCAGUGGCAGCAGCACCGGCAACGGCACUUGCACACACUCAUGCACAAUCAGCAGCCCCUUCGGCUGAUGCUUCCCUUCAUCCCACUCCUCUUUCUGGGAGUGGCUUUGGUCACAUGGCCUUACCCAGCCUUCCUCUCUCCCCACCACCUCAUCCUUCUGCUAACAUUCCCAUUGCCCUCAACACUGCUCAGAAUCAUUCAGGCAGGGCUGAGCUAGAGCCCUGGCAAGGGGAGGCAUGGCCUGGGGAGGGCUUAUCUAGUGAAGGCUUCUUUAUUGAGGAGUUUAAUGGGCCAGAUAGGGUGCUUGCUGCUGCUCUCCUGGCGGCUGUCAUUGUCGCCGAUGCUAGUGCAAGCGACCAUAGAUAUGGCCAAGGGGAAAAGGUGCCCUUUUACGCGAACAAAGUCGGUCCUUUCCACAAUCCGAGCGAAACGUACAAGUUCUUCGAUCUGCCGUUUUGCCAGCCAGGGAAGAUCAACGAGAAGCUUGAAGACCUCGGCGAGGUUCUGAACGGCGAUCGCAUGGUUCAGGCCCCCUACGAGCUGAACUUCCGCGUAGAUCACGAGAGAACCACUCUCUGCAAGCGAACUCUCGCAGUUAAGGACGUCCAGAAGUUCCGCGACGCGGUCAUGAACGACUACUAUUUCCAGAUGUAUUACGACGAUCUCCCGAUCUGGGGUUUCAUCGGCAAGGUCGACACGGAUCCCAAGAACCAGCACUUUUUCCUCUUCACGCACGUUCACUUUGAAGUAGAGUACAACAACGACCGCGUGGUGGAGAUCAGCGUGGCGACUGAUGCGGGUACCGCGGUGGACAUUACCGAGGAUAAGGAGAUGGAGGUGGAAUUCACGUAUUCCGCCAAGUGGAAGCAGACGGACAAGUCGUUUGACAAGCGCAUGGACAAGUACUCGCGCUACUCGUUCCUCCCGCAGCAUCUGGAGAUCCACUGGUUCUCCAUCAUCAACUCGUGUGUCACGGUGCUGCUGCUUACUGGAUUCCUGGCGACCAUUCUCAUGCGUGUUCUCAAGAACGACUUUAUCAAGUACUCGCGUGACGAGGAGUCGUCAGAAGAGCAGGAGGAGACGGGGUGGAAGUAUAUCCAUGGUGACGUCUUCCGCUUUCCCAAGAACAAGGACUUCUUCUGCGCCGUUCUUGGCAGCGGCACUCAAUUGCUCUUCCUGGUCAUUUUUAUCUUCAUCCUCGCACUUGUGGGGGUGUUUUAUCCCUACAAUCGCGGUGCUCUGUGGACGGCGCUGGUGGUGAUCUAUGCGCUGACUUCUGGAAUUGCUGGGUACACGGCUGCUUCUUUCUACAAGCAGAUGGAGGGCACCAACUGGGUGCGCAACAUUCUGUUGACGGGGUGCAUGUUCUGCGGGCCGGUGUUCAUCUCCUUCUGCUUCCUCAACACCGUCGCCAUCGUCUACAACUCCACCAACGCCAAGCCCUUUGGCACCAUCGUCAUCAUCAUCCUCAUCUGGGCGCUCAUCACCUUCCCCCUCCUCGUGGCUGGCGGCAUUGCCGGCAAGAAGAGCAACGCAGAGUUCCAGGCGCCCUGCCGGACGACCAAGUACCCCAGAGAGAUUCCGGUGCUGCCCUGGUACCGCCACACCGUGCCUCAGAUGGCCAUGGCUGGGUUUCUCCCGUUCAGCGCGAUUUACAUCGAGCUGUACUACAUCUUUGCGAGCGUGUGGGGGCACAAGGUGUACACGAUCUACAGCAUCCUCUUUAUAGUGUUCAUCAUUCUCAUCAUUGUGACGGCGUUCAUCACGAUUGCCCUCACGUACUUCCAGCUCGCGGUUGAGGACCACGAGUGGUGGUGGAGGUCUGUGCUACGUCCUUCUGACGACUUUGGCUUCAUGGCCUGCGUCUGCUACGGCUUCUUCCUCAUGCUCGGCACUGUGGGCUUCCGCGCCUCACUGUCGUUCGUGCGCCACAUCUACCGCUCCAUCAAGUGCGACUGA